GCAAUGGAUGGAGCUCAUUCCUAUCAACUGCACGGAGUGAGGGGACGUUAAUGGAAACUGUGCCAUAUACAAAUAAGGAAGUUUGUGUUUGGAGCCGAUGUGCCCGCAAACCAUCCUGAAAAUCAAGUUUUAACAUCCAGGAAGAAAAUGAGGAGGGACGCCAGUCGAGUGAAGCUCAUUACAAGAGUCUGCCAUGUGAAGUGGCACUUUAUUGUCCCGCUCAUCACCGGAGGCCCUGGAAAUGAUUUGCAGGAGGACUGACACAAGGACAAGCACGGACUCACAGACAAGGAUGAGAGGGCUCGCUAUUGGAGGCUGUAGUUGGCCGCAGAUGAGUUGCUCUCAUCGCGACGAUGAAGAGGACUAUUAUGGGUCAGACCCACGUCCACGCAGUUUGGCAUUUGAGGAUAAAGAUGAAGGAAAACCUCAGGGAGGAGGCCUGGAUGCAGUUUCUCUUCCAAGUCUCUCAGAAAGUGGGAUGCGAACGCCACAGUGCCGGAUCUGCUUUCAGGGGCCUGAGAAGGGGGAGAUGUUGAGCCCUUGCCGCUGUAAUGGCUCUGUCCGCUGCACUCACCAGUCCUGCCUCAUUCGCUGGAUCAGCGAGAGGGGCUCCUGGAGCUGCGAGCUGUGCCAUUUCAAGUACCAGGUCCUAGCCAUCAGCACCAAAAACCCACUACAGUGGCAGGCCAUCUCUCUGACUGUGAUAGAGAAAGUGCAGAUCGCAGCCAUCAUCCUGGGCUCUUUAUUCCUCAUUGCAAGUAUUUCCUGGUUGGUGUGGUCAUCUCUCAGCCCCUCAGCUAAAUGGCAGCGGCAGGACCUUCUGUUCCAGAUAUGCUAUGGCAUGUAUGGCUUCAUGGACAUAGUUUGUAUUGGCCUUAUAAUCCACGAAGGAUCAUCUGUUUACCGGAUCUUUAAGCGCUGGCAGGCAGUGAACCAGAAGUGGAAAGUGCUGAAUUAUGAAAAAGCCAAGGAUUUAGGUGACCCCAUCAGUUCCAGUAGUAAAGCCGGUGAUCGAGUCGAGAGGAAUUCUGCAAAUGUGACAAACAGCAGCCAGAGUACAAGUCGGCACGUCAGGACUAUUCUCCAACACCACUGUGGCUACACGAUUUUGCACAUCCUGAGCCAGCUAAGGCCCACACACCUGCACAGAACCAACCAAGAGGUGGUCAUGAGAGUGACCACUGUGUGAGUUAUACUGAAAAAACUGCUACGGCCUCCGGAGAGGACAUAAAAGUGUUGACUGAGGAUUAAUACCAACACAUCCUACCGUACCACAUAAACACUGCCUGGAACUAGGCUCAUUCUUUGUUCUCAGGGUCUCCCUGAGCCAUGAAGACUAAAAACAUGAAAGGCUUCAGAGAUUUGUUAAAGGGAGAUCAUUGCUUUAAAGUAACCAUAUCUUUAAAGGUAAAGACUGUUGAAUAAGAAAAAGAAAAAAAAACAUUUUUUGGGGAAAAAAGCUUCGAUUCUUAAAGCUUUUAACCAUUUUUACAACCAUGACCACUGUUUCAAAAUGUAACGGAACAAGUUUUUAUGUUGUUUUAUAUUUUUGAAAAAAGUAGUAAUGUUGAUGUUAUAUGAUAGUUGGGAGCUGAAAAUGAUUGUGACCCUUACCCCCACCCAUACCUUUUCCCUUACACUAAGCAGUAUUUGGACAAAGCUUUGUUUCCUGUACGUAGGGACAUCUGGUCCCUGCCGGGUCAGGGACUGUACCAUAAAAGGUCUCACUGGGCACACAAAAACAUGAUAUCUCUCAGGUUUUUUUUAUGACCUGAUCAAAAUGAGGUAUUUUAACUGUAAGAAGUUCUGAAAGAUCAAAUAUUUAAAAGCCCAAUAAAAAGUUGGAACAUGACUUUAUUUGCUUGAACUCAAUUAAAACGAUGUGUAUAGAUGCUUAUGUUGUAAUUAAGAGAACAAAAUGAUAUAAGUUGAACAUGGUUGUCUCAUUUAAAGCAAAUACAUUUGGCCACCUCAAAAAUCCCAAAAACCCACGAGGAAUGCUCUAGUUGUGCACAGUAUAACUCAAUUCACAGCAUUGUUCUGUGUUGACAAAAAUCUCUUGUGUGCAAGGAUGAAAUGGAAUUAUCAGUUUUCAAAAAGUGGAAUCAGCAAAGGGUUGCAGUUGGCUGAGUAAACUCAAACAAGACUAAACAUGUACAUUACAUUAAAAAAAUACACAAAUAAAUGUAUUUUUGUGUUUUUGUCUUUGAAGGUACACUUGUGAAAACUAAUAAAGUGGUGACUUUAGGUAAGUGUAAAUGAUAUAGACCAGGGAUAUUCAAUUGGCGGCCCGCGGGCCACAUGCGGCCCGCCAGGAGCUUUUAUGUGGCCCCUGGUCAUAUUUCAAAAAAGGGGGUGUUUGUUGAA